AUGAACAAAAAACUUCUCUACAGACACAAAGCCGAACAAUUGACAAUCAUCGCCGGAAAAAGCGUGACUCUAACCUGUCCCACGUCAACGGUGACGUCACGCGACGACUGGACAAUCACGUGGUAUGACGAGAACAGGGUCAAGAUGACGUCAUCGUUCGAGGUUAAGGUCAACUAUAAAUGGCUGGUUUUUGAGAAGGUUGUGGUGGCAGACGCCGGCGUGUACACGUGUGUCGUUAGAAUUAAUCGAGAUGGAGAUGCGCCACCCAUGUUUCUGGAAGACCACCACACCAAUCGACAGCAACUCUACCACAUCGACCACAUGAAGCCACAAAAAGUUGAAGUCGUGGCAAGAACAAUGGCGAUCCUACCAUGCAGAGUCUUUGGUCUUCCGGAACCGGAAGUCACGUGGUUCAAGGAUGGCAUACAACUGUUAUUAAACACGCCACCGUAUUGGUUCCAAGAUGGCGAAUGCGUGUUGAAAAUAUUUAACGUUUCUCCGGAAAAUGGCGGAGUUUACGAUGUAAGGGCGCGAAAUUCAGCCGGAAAUGCCAACAAAAUGUUUCUCCUGGAUGUGUUAACCCAGCCGUUAAUCGAAGGAGCAAGUUAUCAAAUGUUAGAAAGAGUCCAAGGUAGCCAAUUAGAAUUGCCCUGUAGGGCUUCAGGCAAUCCACGCCCCCAGGUCACGUGGUCUAAAGGAAACAGUCUGAUUGGUCUAAACGACUCCGACAUCAGAACUGGCCCAGAGACCACAGACAUCCUUACCAUUGAGAACCUAUCACUCUCACACGCCGGUAAAUAUACCUGCAGGGCACGUAAUAAAGUCGGGUCAACCUUGAUACGUUAUAAAGUUCAAGUUCAAGUUCCGCCAAAAAUCGAACCGACCAAUCAGAAGCGUGAGCAGACGGUAAUCGAAGGCGAUCGAAUUGAGAUGACCUGUGACGUAAUUGGGUCGCCUCACCCUUCACUCCAUUGGUGGAAGAAUGGGCAGGAGAUGGGAGAUAGUGAAACAGUGGGAGGGGCUUAUUAUGUUAAUGGCCGGGCUGGGGUUGUAAUACCUAAUGUUAGUUUAGAAGAUGCUGGCGUGUAUAGAUGCGUUGCUUCUAACGAAAUCGGCGAGGAUUAUAUGGAUUAUACAAUUCAUGUUUAUUCUUAUCCGAGGAUUGAAAAUCUGGAAGCGUCAUCAUCAUCAUCGUCGUCAUCUUCUUCAUUAAUAUCAUCAUCAUCAUCGUCGUCGUCGUCGGUCGCUUCAACCAUAAAAGCGCUCGUUGGAAGCGACAUUGACAUAGUAUGCCACACAACCGGGUCACCAGUGCCCGUCGUGACCUGGUUAUUUCAAGGUCGUGUAUUGCUGACCUCUGAGGGUCAAUAUCACGUAGGUCUAGGUCAUUUGGGCUUGAGAGAUUUAAAGAUGAAUGAUACCGGCGCGUACGUGUGUUCGGCUGUCAACAUCGUAGGUCUAGUCACGAGGGAGGUUCAUCUACUUGUUCAAGCACUUCCGGUAAUUAAGGACGGACCACGUGACCAGGAAGUGGCCAUGUUGUCACGGGACAAAAUAGUGAUGGCAUGUUUAGCUGACGGUACGCCGACACCGGAUAUCACGUGGUACUUCAACAACAAGCUCAUAUACGUCCCCACCGAAACUCCGCACAUCUCUCCAAGGGGGUCCAGUAUUUUGGUGAUCGAUCACGUGAUCAUGGAAGAUGCCGGGAUGUACACGUGCGUGGCCAAUAACGACCGAGGCCAGGCGCACGCUUCCGCUUACGUCACAGUUAAAAACACAUCAUCAUUGGAUGUAUCAUCAUCGUCGUCGUCAUCAUCUUUGGAGUUGCAAUUGACCCGGCACAUUAAGCGUCAGCUAAGAGCGAAUAUCGGAUCCGAUCUAUUAAUCGAUUGUCCAAUAUUGCACAUCUCUACAUCGUCAUCGUCUUCAUCGUCGCCAGAUAGAAAAAACAAAUUAAUAACAUGGUAUAGAUUGAAAAAAAGUAUUACCAAAGAUGAUGAUGGCAGUGAUGACGACGACGACGACCAUGAUUAUGAUAACGAUGAUGAAUAUUACGAUGACGUCACUGAUGAUGAUGAUGGUAUUGAUGAUGACGUGAAUGAAGAUAGUCUCAGAAUUAUUAAAUCGAGUAAAAGAAUUAAAAUAUUGAACAACGGAGCCCUCUAUAUCAGAAAAAUAAAGGAGUCAGACAUUGGCAUUUAUAGAUGUUUCAUCCAGUACAUUAAACCCGAAGAAGAUAGCUUUGCUAUCGGUGGGGAAAUUGGUGACGAUAGAAUUAUUUCUAAAGAUGAUGACAAUGACGAUGACGUCAGUAUGGUUACGCCAUCUUACUUCACUGCAACAACAAAACCAACGACCCUAGAUAGUGACAAUAAACAAAAGAGAAAGAACAUAAAAAUGAAAAACAAAGAGAAAAAAGAGGGCGAUAAACAAAAAGCAAACAGAGGUAAACAAAGUAAACAACGGCAAGACAAGCAUAGACAAAAUAAAAAAACCAAAAACCAAAAAACCAAAAGACACAUUUCUAAAAACAAGCACGAUGACGUCAAUUUUAAUCACAGCAUCGACAACGAUAACGACAAAAUCAACAACAACAACAAAAUUAUCAACAAUACCAAAAUUACAAACGAUGACAUUUAUAACAGCAACUACACCAACAGCAACUACAUCAACAAUAACGACACCAAUAUAACAUUAAAUGAUGUCAAGAGAAAAAUUUCUGGUUUUAAGAAAAAUUUCCAAAUUGGGAAAAAGGUGAGAAAAAGAAUGGCGACGAAGAAAAAACAAAAAAAAACAAAAUCGAAGAAGAUUUUUAAUUUUGCUUCAGUAAGGGUCAUCGUAGAAGCAAUCGACAACGAGAAAAAACCCGAUGUUAUCGUUCUGGACUGCCUUGUGAGUGGCUCGCCUAAACCGGAAGUGGUUUGGAGGAAAGGUCACGUGACGGUUGGCCGACGCGUUGGACAAGAUGGUGACGGCGGCGAUGAUUCCAGAUUUAGCGUCUUGAAGAAUAAUUCAUUAAGGAUAGUGACUCCAGUAGCAGAUGAUACGGACACUUACACGUGCAUAGCUUACAACAAGUUAGGAAGCGCUGUCACCUCCACAUCAAUAGCCAUAAGAGUUGACGGUCAUUGGUCAGCCUGGUCUAGCUGGUCCGACUGUGACGUCACCUGCGAAUCGGGUUACAAAACUAGGUCGAGGUCGUGCACUGACCCAGCUCCGUUAAACGAAGGUCAAGAUUGCCAGGGUGAUGGUUAUGAAGUAGCUAGAUGCAAUUUGGCUCUCUGUCCAGUUGACGGGCACUGGAGCGAGUGGGGAGUAUGGAGUGCGUGCAGUAGGUCAUGUGACCGUGGAAAAGCCAGCAGAAGUAGGAAGUGCAAUGACCCCGCGCCAGAAAAUGGCGGGAAAAAAUGCUUUGGAGGAAACGAUGAAGUGAUUGAAUGUAACGAUGGUCCCUGCCCCGUUAACGGAUCUUGGAGUGCGUGGAGUGGCUGGAGUGAAUGCAGUGAAGAGUGCAACGUGGGGUACAAAGAACGCAUAAAGAGUUGCACGGACCCCCCGGAAAUGAAUGGCGGAAUAACCUGCCAGGGUCAAGGACACGAAAGGGUGGAAUGUACACUGAAGGAAUGCGCAGAACCAUAUCUGUGGACGCACUGGUCUCACUGGUCAGCUUGUAGUGCAUCAUGUGAUGGUGGCUUACAGUGGAGGAAAAGAAAAUGUCAAUCAACGUCAUCAUUUUCACCAUCAUCCUCAUCAUCUUCUUCAUCAUUUUCAUCUUCUUUCUCGUCUUCUUCCUCUUCUUCUUCAUCAUCGUUACCUUCAUCUUCAAUGCUAACGACUUGUAAAGGACCCGCUUUAGAAUUUAUGAAGUGUAACUUGGAGCACUGUUUGAUCGAAAGCUUUUGGUCUCAGUGGUCAGGUUGGAGCGCGUGCUCCUCAAAAUGUGGUGGCCAGAGAAGACGUUACAGAGGCUGCGUCGACCCAUCGAAUAAUUAUAACCAUAAUUAUAACCAUAAUUAUAACCGUAAUUAUGAUAUUAACUAUUAUGAUUUUAAUUAUAGAAACUACGUGAAAACCUGUCCAGGAGGUGACGUCACGGUCGAGGAAUGUCCGGAUUGUGUUAAUAAUGACGAUGAUAAUAAUAUUGUUGAAUAUUACGGGAAAAAUAAUUUAAAUUAUAAUAAUAAUAAUAUAAGUUUAGAAAGUGAUAAUAAGGUAAAGGAUGUCUUUAAUCAUCAUAAUCAUCGUCAUCAUCUACAUCAUCAUUAUCAUGAACAGCAGCAGCAGCAAAAGUAUCUUCAUCGUCUUCAUCGUCGUCAUAGUUAUAAUGAGAAAGAUAGUGGAGAUAAGGAUGGUAAUUAUAGUUGAAAAUCUGGCCAUUGUGAAAAUAAUGCGAAAAAAUUGUUAUAAACAUUCAAACACACACACAUACACAUUCACACACACACACACAUUCAUACAUAUACACACACACAACAGCAUACAUUACACGGACGUCUUCAUAGAGCAAUUUUGUCAAAUCGCAUUCAGGUUCGCUGCAUUCAAUCGUCUUUUUAACCACACCUAUGCUAUUGUUAAUUACUUAUUUUAUGCUAAAACCUUUCGUCAUUAUUCCAAUUCCACACACACGCCACACACACACACGCCAUACACUCACACACAAACACACACUCACAAACACACACACACACAUGUUGAUGGAAUUCAUUUUUUUACAAUUCGUGUUUUCCAAUGUAUCGAUCGUAGUUCAGUAGAAUGACAAUCUUAACGACAUCAUUGAAGCCAGACAAAAAAAGUGCCUAGUUGCUAUUUUCAAUUUUUUUUUUACCUCGUUUAAACAAAAAUGAAUUUUCAUUAUAAAUAGACAUCGUUUGUGUUUCUAUAUUACCUUGAAUUAUUAUCAUUUGUUGCUUUCUGAGAUGAGCAAGUUUUCAAAACGUUUUCCUUACUCAAAAUGCAAAAUGUCAAGCAUUAUUUCUCGCAUGUUUUCAUCGUUUAUGUUAAAUUUGUUGAAAUAUAACUCUUGCAAAAGAA